CUUUUUGUCAACAAAAAGUUAUGGUUGACGCCUUUGCAUUGUUUGCAUGCCAUUCGUUACUGUGACUGUGAAAGCAGCUACUUUAAGCUAUUGAAUUAGAAAUUCUCUUAUGAGUCAUAAUGACUAGAGUUCCUAAUUAAUAAUUAAAGGUAAUAAAGAAGAGACGUCUCCAGUAUAGUUCUAAAUAAUUUAAGUUUUUGAAGAAGUUGGCCCUAGCCUAAUAAUUUUACCUUAAACUUAAACCUACUACCUAAAAUUUAAAUUAAUGAUCAAUCCUGGCCACAAAUUGAUGCCGGUAAUUAUUGGUGAAGUUAAAAACUAACCUACUAAAUCUAAGACGAGUAGGCCAACUUCUUAGACAUAUACUGACAUAAUAUACCUCAUAGUGUGUUGUCAGCAAUACAACAUUUUGAACAUUGAUCUUAAACUUAAAAUCAGUUGAAAUAUUAAAUUAAUAAUUAAUUCAGCAAUUUGUAAAGACUAGUAAAGAGUUAGUUCAAGUUAGGGCUAUAUCGUCAAUCAUCAAUUGAUUUGGCUAAUGCAGAGAGAAUUGGUCCCAUUAUGGAUACAUUUAAUGUUCAGGUUAGGUUUAGGGAUACAUUAGUAUUAGGCUUAGGCUAAUCAUUAGGCAUGAUUAGGGUUCAGGGGCUAGGUUUAGUGACAGUGAAUUAUAAAAGUUCACGGGUCGUGGCAACAAAGAUGGCGGCCAUGUGAUACGUCAUGCCAUGGCACCAAGUGUCUGCAUUUACUGAAAAAAUUAAAUAUUUUGGUAAAUGCAAAGAGAAUGCGCCAUGACGUAUCACACGGCUGACAUCUUGGUUGCUAAAAUUAGGAAUAAAACGUUAUGAAUAGAAUGAAAAAAUGUCCCUAAAUUUAAAUUAAUGUAUCUCUAAACCUAACCUGAAUCUUAAAUCAAUAAAAAAUGUAUCCCUAAACCUAACCUGAACCCUAAAUUACUAAAUCUAUCCCUAAACCUAAAGAGUGAACCCAAAACAUGUAAAUGACAUCAUGGCAUAUUCUCUUUGCAUUGACCAAUAUUUUUAAAAUUCUCUUCUAGUUCUAGGGAAUGCGAUAACAAAAUGUAGGGCUAAGAAAUGCUAAGAUACUAACUUCUACUACUUAUGUAUUUAUCAAAAUCACUUCGUAAACUUGAGGAGAAACCCCAUCCUUAUGAUAAAAAACAAAGCUCUUCUUUUUUUCCUUCUUUUUUUUGAAUAGUUUUAUUUGCAUCAUUACCAAGGUUAUUAAUUCUAUCUUCAAAACUUAAAAGUUUUCCUAACCAUUCCCUGUAACAUAAUAUUACUAUAAUGUUAAGACUAAGACACCCCUAAACUAACAAUCCAGUAACAUUUUAAUUAAGACCAUUUGGGAAACUAAAUAUAUACAGGUAUAUUUGCAAAAAACCUCAAAUUUUUUUUAAAAAGUUAUAAUUGCCUUAAGGAUAAUGAGCAAAAUUAAGAGAUAUUGUGUUACAAUUUACAAAUCAUUUACACAGGGUCAGUCGGACAAAACUCAAAGGAUGUGAGCAAAAGGCUGCUCAUCUUAUGGAGCCCUUUGAUUUGACGUUUCAUCAGGUGACCUCAGAUGAUAGCCUCAGUGAUUCAUCAAGUUUUGAUUCAUUUAGCAAUGUGGUUAACUAUGAAACAAGUUUUGCUCAUUCUAACCAGUCUCUUCCACUAAACAACUACAAUAUUAAUACGGUUCAGUAUACCUGGAAAGGUAAUUAUUAGAGUGUUGCUUUGUAGUUGCUGAGAUAAAUUUUUACAUGUAUUGCAAGGAAGUUCGCGAAAUGAAACGCAAGUGCAUAGGAAACCGUUAUAUUUGAAAUUUGAUGAUCCUUUAGGUGUGUUAAAGGAAGGGAUGCGGUUGAAAUACCAAUUCAAAAGUGCAGUGGAUAGAUAUUAAGUAAUUGUAUAUACUUAUAUGGUGCUAGACAUACAUAAUAUGUGUAGGAUUGGCUUUUAAAUUUCUAUGAUUUAAUCUAUAUUUCCUAAAUGACAUUUUUAGAGUUAGUGUAGUGGCAUUAUAUUAUUUAAACAAUUUUUUUACCAAUUUUUAAAACUUCUUUAGUGAAAAGAAUUUGAUAAAUUUGUAAUUUUAUAACACAUUUAACUCUCAAAUAAAAAGAUAUUGGUUAAUUUGUAACAAAAUGCAUUUUCUCCCCAGACUAUACUUAUCCAACAACAACUGCAAUACAAACAGCCAACGGUGGAGUCCCCACAGGUCACAACAGUUACACAGCUCAACACCAACCUGUAUGGUGCAGCAGUGUGCAAGGUAGCCCGCCACAUCGGUCAUUUCUAGUACACCCGGACGACUCUUUAGGGGAGCCUAAAUAUUACUCUGACUUAUCUUCGAUACAAACAACAAAACAACAACUUCAAGUUCUCGCACAGGUUGGGUUUUUUUACAUUCUGUCAGAUUCUUGCUUAGUGAAAUAACAAUGGUGCCAGAAUAACCAAAACCUAAAUUUGGAGAGUUUUCACAGCAUUGCAUAUAUUUUAUGUUUGGCUUAACUUAUUUAGAAAAAAAAUCUUUGUUUCUAUAGAUUUCUUCAAACACCUCAGCUGUUACAAGAGAAGGCAAGCGCUGUCAGCGAUUUAUAGCUCGUACAGUUACAUCACCUUCGACUCCCAUCCCUCCCCCGCCAACAACCAUGUCUCGACAGUCAGACAGCCCAUCAAGCAUGAUAACCCAAGAACCUGGAAUCCCCAGUCAUGAACAAGGAGGUGAUGAGAAUAAUGGGCAGGAAGCUGAAGAUAACAGUUUUGAGACUGUAGCUGAAGCCCUUCGCCUACAAUGGUCUGUUAUAGGUAUGUGUAAUUGUAAAGCGCUUAGAGCUGUAAGGUAAGCGCUAUACAAAAAUGCCUAAAUAAUAAUAAUAAUGUGUAAAAUAUUUAUUUUGAAAAAAACUUCAUGUAAAAUAAUAUUUCCUAGAUUCCUAAUAAUCCUUAAGAAGACAUUAAAAUUAUAAGUUAUUGUUAAAUAAAUGUACUUGAUAUAGGAAAAGGAAAAAAACUUGUCAAAACUUUUUUAUUAUCACAUAAAGUUGGUGAAUUCUGAUAAAUUGUCCGAGCUUAAAUGUCUUGGAAAGACUACCACAUGCUUAUUUCCUUUAUGUUCUGCAUACAUAUUUAUGAUCACUUUGUUUGAAUGCACAGGAAACAAAUCACUGACACCUGUGUCUCCUGAAAUUGUGGCACAGAUAGUUGCCCAAGCUGAGCAGAAGAUGAAAGCUGGGGAGCUGAAUCCAUUUCCUUCAAAGCAUCAGCUGGCUGCAUCUCCCGUUUCAUUUGAUCUGGUAAUAUAUAUUUAUAAAUUAAAGGACUGCAUUCAAGAUAUUUUCAUUUCUACUGUUAGUUUAAGAAGGCUUUAUGCCGAAACCUCCUUUUCUUUUUGUCCUGUUCUCUAAUUCAAGCUUCCACAUACCUCGUUUUGCUAUUUAAUUCAUUUGAUAUAUAUUUAUUUAGUAGUCUGUUUGUUUAUCCAACGUUUUAUGUAAUUAAUUUUAAGGAGGAUCCACCCUGUCGGCAGAUCACCAUUUUUAAAUUUUAAGGAAGAAAAAGACAUGCUUCACUUGUUAGUAUUUUAGAAUAAAUAGGCUUCACUUGCAAUGAAAAAUACAUUAGUAUCUGUUUUGAUAGCAUGGAAAUCGUUAUUUAAAAGACAGUGUUAUGAUUUAAAUUUAUUCCUCAUUGAUAUGAAUUUAUACUAUCUUAAGUGAAUAAUAUGAGUAUCAUGGCAAAGAUCCAAUAAUUUUUUAUUGAGAUUGACAUGGAUAUCUAAUAAUUAACUUUAUGAUAUCAAAAUAGGAGGCCAACAGCAGCAACACAAAGACCAGUCCUUCAGAUUCUACAGCGCCAGCCAUUGCUUGUAUGCUGCACGAGACGCACACUGGGGACUGCCCAAGGGAACUGAAGCGGAUUAUUCCAACGGAGAUAACUACAGAAAAAACUCAAAGUGGCCCUUGGUUCGCUUCCAAAAACAAAAUACCAGAACCAGUUGUGCAUGAAACGAAUGGCAAGUACAGUCCUUCAUUCAGAGAUGUUAAGCCACCAGCUACAAUAAUGUCCUCCCAUCACGAUACCACCAGCAGAGAUGGAGUCUCUAAUGCACAGGUGGGACAGAAUGCUGUCAUUAAUAAACCAGCAGCUCCCCCACCUGUUGUGGCAUCUCCCAUCUCUAAGACUGACACCUCUGAUACCAUAAGUGAAGCCAGCUAUUCCAGUGAGUUGGAAAUGGAGAAAUAUCUACAGACACCAUUAAUAGCUGCUGGAAUCUCUGCCAACUACCAGCUUGAGUCUGAGGAGUUCCUUCGCUCACUCCCUCCAAUAAAACCCAUUAAUCUUGAGGCAUAUGCAACCCUACCGCUUCUACCGCCAAGGCCAGCAAAAAUCCCAGACAAAAAACAAAAAAGUUCCACAGUUACUGCAUCUUGGGACUUGACCAAAACCACAAGUGUUGAUAGAACCAAAGACAAUAAGGUGGAAACCUCACCCUCAAGCACAUCAGGAUCCACGGUUUCUUCACCAUUCCAGCCCUUGACACCGCUGUCUUCUUAUGACAGCUCACAGGGAAGUAGUUUGCAAUACUACUCCACACCUGACUCAAAACUUACAACACCCCAAAAGCUGUUUCCAGCUCACCACUCAGGGUUACCCUUGUCUCCAUUUUCUCCAUCAGAUCAAAACACUUUGUAUCACUCUGCCAUGUCUUCCGGGGACUCUCCUUCCAUGAGUUUAUUCAGCAAAAAACAGUUUGAUGAAGUUCUGAAAGAGAAGGCGAAGCUGCAGGGGCAGCUGGAGGUACUUGCUGAUGAAUCACAAAAUAUGUUAAAGGUCAGUAUGUAAUAUGUUGAUGCACUAAUUGCAAUAAUCCAAUAUAGUCCAUGAAUAAUGAAAUCUUCAGUAGAAUUUAUUUGUUGCAUUAUUAAUUUUGUUUCAGUUGAGAAUUUUAAUUAUGACGUUAAAAUAAUUGUUUACAUGGGUGGUUUAUUUUCUGAUGAUGUGUAAGUGAAAAUACCAACCGUGGUGUCUAAAAAUAAUUAAGCAUUGAAACUUAGUCAUAUCAGGCAUAGAAAGCCUACAUAAUGUUUAUAAUAUCUGAGAUGAAACCUUUCAUAAAAGCAAUCAUAAUUUCACUUUUUCAUCUUUAGUUUUUACCAUCUAUUUUUGAACAGAAAAAAAUGCAACAACUCUCAUCAGUCAUAUUUAUAAUCAUCUCUUUAGCAUCCCUUAAGAUGCCACAAUAUUUUUUAAUAUAAUUCUUAGACCCUUGUCACUUAUUUAUUUACUAAUCCACCAUCAGGAAAGGGCAGAGCUUCAAGCACAGCUGGCCUCACUGACUGGUAGGCUGUCGAAGCUUCAAGUGUCGGGGAGUGGCUCAGGGACAGAUAUCACUAUAAAAAAGGAAGUUGAGAACCUCAGGGAGUCGAGAAAACUGUUGGAGAGCACCCUUCUGGAUGCUAACAGGAUGCUGUCAGAGAAGGCUGAAGAAGUUAGAGCACUCCAAGACGAGCUACAAGUUGCCCAGGAUACUGCUACAAAAUUACAAGUAAACUGAUGACAUUUUAUGGAAGAUGUUUGAACAAAAUUUUAACUUGAUCAGAAACUCGUGUAAUUAAAAAUAUAUUUGGUAACCUUAUAUGUAAUUUAGUAAUAACCUAUAUUUUAAAAUUUUUCCAUUGGUAAUAAGUAUAAAAGAUAAUGCAGAAAAUAAAAAUUAAUUUAAUUUUAAUAUCAUUUGGACUGUCGGAAUCUGAUAACAUAUUAUAAAUCUAAACAUUUCCUUCGUGCCUGUCAAGUAAUUUUAUUUUAUUUUGUUGUUUCCUUCUGUAGGUGAGGUCUCAAGAAAUGAGGGAUGAUGUCAGAGCUAAAGAUAUGAACAUUCAGGCUUUAAAAAACAAGAUUGGUGAGCAGCAUCAUGGCUCAUAAUAUUUUGUCUUUAAUGACAUUUUCACUUAUGUGUGUCUCAUUUAAAGAUACUAAAUAUAUAAUUUUAAAUUGUUUUGCAUUGGAAACCACCCCAUUAGAUUGUGUUGGGGUGAAAACAGAUUAUGUUUACUAUACUGAUUUUCCUGUUGCUAUUGUUUGUCUCUAGAUUGUAAAGACAAAUAAUGUUGACCAAAAAAAAUAUCCUUCCUUCAGCUGAACUCUAUGUGGAGGUGCAAAUGAGCAUUCAGGCCAAGAUGGAAGCUGACACAGAGGCACGCACUAGCAGGAACGACCUCAUGUCACUUGUCAAGGCCAAAGAGUGGUACCAGGAACAGUUACAGGUGGCCCAUGAUGUCAGGUCCAAGCUACAAAGGGAGCUUACUAUUCUUCAGGUUGGUUUUAGUAUCACACGAUUUGGAUAAGGCCUCAAUACUGUACGGAGAGAGAAAGAUAGGGAGAGAAGGGGGGGGGGCAUAAUCUUGGUUCUGUAUCAGGGCAACUAAAACAUGGAUCUCUAGCUUCCUCAGCCACCGAUGCCAAGCAGUAGUGGUGGACGGUAGAAGCUCCUCCUUUGUCGAUGUGAAGUAAGGGGUCCCCCAGGGAUCAGUCCUGGGCCCCAGUUUGUUCCUAGCAUACAUUAAUGACCUACCCGAGAAACUGACAUCACAGACAAGACUGUUCGCUGAUGACACAGCAGUGUAUAGGACGAUCGCCAACAGAUCUGACCAGGACCAGCUACAACAGGAUCUCAAUCUGUUAGCUGAGUGGGAAAUGAGCUGGGACAUGGAAUUUCACCCUGCCAAGUGCCAGACACUAUGAGUACUAUCAGUCUCUAGAAGUUGUACUCCUCUACACUACCAAUACGAACUGCACGGCCAUAUACUUGAGCAAGUUUCCUCCGUAAAGUACCUGGGUGUUACCAUUCAAAGAGAGGUCCGCUGGGACAAGCAUAUUAACAAUGUAUCUAACCAAGCAAACAAGACCCUAGGGUUCUUAAGGCGAAAUCUAAAGAUUGGCAACUCCUGUGUGAAAGAAAGAGCAUAUAAAGCCUUUGUCCGUCCGAUUUUAGAUUAUGCAUCUUCAGUCUGGGACCCAUUUACCCAGAAGAGCAUUGACAGGUUGGAGGCGGUCCAGCGACGAGCAGCACGCUUGUCCUAAACCGCUACAGGAAGACCUCUAGUGUUGGCAGCAUGCUGGAAACACUAGGCUGGUCACCAUUGGAGAAACGAUGACGACAAUCCAGGCUCUCCAUGAUGUACAAGAUAAAUAAUGGGCUGGUCCACUGUUCCAGUAUUAAACAGAAACUCGUUCCUCCUCCCCAUAGACAGCGACAAGGCCAUGACAGGCAAUUCAGGCUCAUACCAGCAAGAAGCCAGUAUAGGAGCUGCUCAUUCCUGCCCAAGACAAUCAGGGACUGGAACAAUCUUUCAAAAGGAAUGGUUGAGGCAACAACACUAGACACAUUUGUGUCUAUUGCCUCAAGCCUUCAAACCCCUAGUGCAUGAUUCCCUCAAUUUUACACAAAGUGGCACUGGAAAUCAGUGAAAUUUCCUCAUCAACACCAGGAACAGAAACAUUGCUAAUCCCAUCUACAUGCAUAGGAGCCAAAAUGAUCAAUAAAUUGAUCGUGGGCCCUUAAGAUAUAGAAGAAGAAGAACUAUUUUUAAAUAAUAUCGAAUAAGUGGACAUUGAGCCCUAUCUUGUUGCCUUUGAUGCAUUCAUUUAUUUAUCUUUUUUACAAUGGUAUCCAUACAAUUGAUUCUUCCAUUUAAAUUUGGGUUUAAAUGAUGUAUAUCACAAAUAAUAAUUCUCUAGGUAUGCAUUUAUGUCUGUAAUGCUGUGUUCAAUAGGUGUGCAAAAUAAAAUCCCCAGUAGUUAGCACUAAUUGGGAUUUUUAUAAACUCCGUUACUUGAAUGCAUGUUUUGUCAAGUAACUUUCAUUCAUGCAUUGCCGCCACCAUUGUUGGGCAGGCUAUUGAUAAGAUUUCAUGAUUGGUUUCAUGCCCCCUUUACAUCACAACUUGUAGUUCUAUAUUAUGUCAUCUUACACUGCUUUUUUUUCUUCUUCUUGAUUUUAAGUAAGACAAAUAUCACUAUUAUUUAGUAAGAUAGUGGCACCAGCUGGAAUCCAAACAGAAAUACAUUCUUUGAUCACAGUCUCCGAUAUCUUUAAAAGCAUCAUCAAAAUAAAUAUAUGAUUUUUUUAGGGUCAGACAGUCACUCAUGGCACCAUUGUUGAAAGGUUGAAAACAGAAUCAGCCAGGUUGCGUCACCAGCUGGUUGAGACCCAGCAGAGGGCGCUCAGAGACAAGGAACUGUUAGCCCGACAUCUGGAGGGAAUACAAGCUGACAUGAUGGAAAGAGAGGCGGCUUUCCUGGAAAUUCAGAGGGAGAGGAAACUCUACGAGGACACCUUUAAUUAUCAGGUGUGCAUGAUGAAAAACUUUUAGAUGUCCCUAAUCUUUUUAUCAGGUUAAUAUUUUUUUUAACGCAAUAAACAAAUUUCCACUGAACCCCACAGUCUCCCGGCUGUGUCAUAUUUGGUGAGUUAAUUGAACCCCAUAGUCCUCCGGCUGUAUCAUAUAUGGUAAGUUAACUGAACCCCUCAGUCCCCCAGCUGUGUCAUAUAUGGUGAGUUAAUUGAACCCCAUAGUCCUCCGGCUGUAUCAUAUAUGGUAAGUUAACUGAACCCCAAAGUCCCCAGGCUGUGUCACAAAUGGUAAGUUAACUGAACCCCUCAAUCCCUAGGCUAUAUCACAAAUGGUUAGUUAAAAUUUAUUUCCUUUAUAUAAUCAUGUAUAACUUCAUUUAUGUUGUCAAAUCUAAAUUGUGAAUUUAAACAUUUUAAGAAAACAGAUUCAUGUGAAGUGUGAUUUCUGAGUUUAACAAUGUUAAAUGAACAUUUCUCAAUAAAAAAUUAGAUAUUUUGUUUAAAGUUUUCCAUUAAAAAAGUCAAUUUUUUUUACUUUUUUAAAAAUAGCAAAUAUUAAUUCAGUCAAUAGUAGCACAUUUUUGUUAAACUGAGAAGUGUUCUUAAAUGUCAAGGUCUCUCUCAGAUUGGACUUCCACACAAAUAUUAAUCUGGACUAUAUUUGGGGGGAGGGGGGAACUAGUUUUAAUCUUGUGUACUUAUUGUGAGUACUGAUAAUAUUUGAGUACUUGCAAUUUUUACAACAUUUUUGGUUAAAAAUGUACUUAUUUAUUUAUUUUUAAAGGAUACAAAAUGAGAUGCAUAUGCAUAGCUCUUAGAUUUUAACUGGAAAAAAUCUUUCAAUCAUUGGGGAUGUUACAUUAUCUUUGAAUAAAUUACCAGAUAUUAAAAUUUUCAUGUAAUAAAAAUCUAUGACUAAAUAUUAAUUAUAACUGAUUCCAGGUCACAACAGCCGAGGAGGAGAAGUCCAGGUUGACCAUGCUGCAGCAAGCAACUCAUGAUCUAGAAGCUCAGCUUGACAGAGCCCAUUCAGAGGCGAAGAAACGGCAUGAUCAGCUGCUGACUAUGGAGAAUGGCCAGAUGGAUGUCAUGAAGAGAUUGGCCGUAGCGGAGGAGACUCUGGGAGAAAAGGAGAGUGCUUUAGUGGAUAUGGAGCAGAAACUCAUUCAGGUUUUGUUUCUUUAUCACAUUUCAUGCCCUUAAUAAAUUUACUAUAGGACAAUUGCUUCCGCCAAUGUGUUCUGUUAUAAAUGCAUAUCUAAUGACUGUGUAAUGAAUGUGUCAGUUAUUUACAGAGUUCCCCAUUAUUUGCUAUUUCAUCCAUCCAGAUGGAGUCCCAGCUUCAGGCUGUCAUGUCUGAUCUCACUAAAAAAGACAAUGAAAUGCUCAGCCUUAAAGAAGAGAAAGCUUCUACAGAAAUUGCCCUCAAAUCAGCCCUGCAAGAGAAGGCAUCUGUUGACAGAGCAUUGGAAGUGCUGAAAGCAGAUAUGGGAAAGGUAAGGCAAGGAUUAAGACACAUUCACAUUCAGUCACUGAGGUUCUCAUCUCUAAAGACACAUUUAAAAAGAAAUAUCAUUUGUAGCUUUAUAGCCAACUAAAAUUUAAAUGGAAUAUUUGACUGUCUCAGUGUUAAUGGAGCAAAUCUUGACUUUACACUGUCAUACAAAACUGGUAUAAAUCUUCACCUUAUUUUUGUUAUAAAGGUGGAACAAAGCUUCAAGCAGAUGAAACAAGAGCUCAGUGUCAGAUUGACUGAGCUGCAGCAGGUCAAGGGAGAGAAGGACAGGCUUCUGGUCAGUUGUAUGUCUAUAAUUGAAUGUUCUUGAAGACAAGAUUAAGAAUGUAAAAAAGAAAGAAAAAAAGAUAUCUUUCACCAAGUCACUCCAAGCAGCUUUUUUUUUUUUUUUAAUUUUUUUAAAAAAAAUUUUUUUUCCUGUCAAAGUUUUUGCCGGUGUGCCGGUUUUUUUUUUAUUGAAUGUUCUUGAAGACAAGAUUAAGAAUGUAAAAAAGAAAGAAAAAAAGAUAUCUUUCACCAAGUCACUCCAAGCAGCUUUUUUUUUUUAAGUUGUUUAAAAAAAAUUAUUUAUCCUGUCAAAGUUUGUGCCGGUGUGCCGGUUUUUUUUUCAGUAGAAAUAGUAAUUCAUUAAAUUCAUUUGUCCCACAGCGAUCCCAUUUUCAUUUCAUCUUGUUAUCAAAACCAUAAAAUAUUGUUUUAAUAUGAUGUUCAUUUGUAUUACAAUCCAGCAGAAAACAGCUUGAUAAUUUUUAAUUAAAAAAAAAAUGUUUUUUAAAGUUAUAUUUUUAUAGUCAACCUACUGUCAAUGCCUUUAUACUUAAUAAAUAUGUUUACUCAUACUUCCAUUCUAUGUCACAGGAGGACCUGGAUCGGGCCCAACAUGAACUGGAGAUCAAGUCUCUGAGUGUGGAUGCCAUGACCAGGAACUUUGAUGGUCAGUCUGCAGCCCAGCAUAACUUGGAGGCUGUCAAGUCGAAUUUGGAGGAACAGCUCAAUGGACUGAGAUUAAAGGUCUGCAAUCUUAAAUUACUGAACUCUUGUUAAACCGUCAAUAUCAGUAACUGAAUGUAGAUGUCACUGUUGAACAUGAAGUCUAGAUGUUUACCUCUGGUGAGUUCCCAUGUAAACAGGUUUUCAUAAAGUAUUAUUUUCAUCUCAGGUGCAAAGCUUGGCGUUUGAGCUUGGAGAGAAGGAGGUGAUCAUUGCUGAAGAAACAGAGAAAGUGGUAACUGAUCCCUAGUAUUUUAUUUGCAUCCGUCCUUUAGAAAGCAAGCCUAUACUCUGUGAAAAUUUUUUUAUUCCACACAUCUUUGCAGUCAUUAAUUUAAAAGAUAUAUUUAGUUCAUUUUUUGUUACAGUGCUACACUUGUAUUAUAAUUGUUCAUAAGUUUUUUUUUUUUUUUUAAAUAUUAAAUUAAAAAAAAAAAAAAAAUAAAAAAAAAUAAAAAAAAAAAAUAAAAAGAAAGCUGAACAUUUCAGACCAAACUCUCGGUUAAAGUGGCCGAGCUGGAAGUCAAGCUUGAAGCUGCCAAAGAUAGUGUUCCUGUGGACAAGAUACGAAUCUAUGAAAAUGAGAUGGAAGAACUACGUCUCCGUAUUCGAGUGCUGGAAGAAACAGAGGUGGAGGAAGCUAAUCAAGUAGAGUCGGAGAGAGAAAAGCUGCACGCAGAGAUUGCAAGGCUGAAGGAAGAACUUCUGGACAGACAGAGGGCCUACACUGAAAACUUAGAUAUUUUGGAUCAAAGGUUAAAAGAGGUUGGUAGGGUCAAGACUAAGUUAAAUCAGUAGGGUAGGGUAGAUCUUAUCUUAAAUAAAACAUUAAAAGUAAUUUUUUUUUUUAAAACAUGUAUCUGGGCCAGCCAAUCUCCCCAAAAAACAUCAUCCAUAUAACAUUAAAGACAUUUUGUUGAGUAGCUGUGGCAGUCACAGUUCCCUAUUGAAUGUGUCUUUAUUUUGACACAUCUUAACUCUUAGUGACCGUAGGUCUAAUCCACGUUUUGACUGAGUAAUAUUGUUGUGAUAAAAUUUGACCCUAAGUGACCAAAGACAAUAUUUCAUAACUUUUCUAGUAAAAUUGCGAUAAAAAAAAAAUUCCUUGGACAUUUGAAAAAUGUAAACACUGGAAAAGGAUGUGGGAAUAUUGAUCUGGAGAAAAUACCAAAAUAUUUAUAUAAAAUCCCAAAAUUAAAGAGUCACUAUGAAACGCCACAUAGACUGGCUCAUGUCAAAACAUGACCGACGGAAAGCCAUUUAGACUGGAGUAUCGGACUUUAAGAAUUAAGUUGGACAUUUUUUUUUUUAAAACUUAAGAGCUAGUAGUAAUUUAAGAUGAGAUAGAAUUUUGGCUUGCGAUUUAGUCUGUAGGGUUAAGGAUUAGUGCUCAUCUCUUGUAAACUAAAUGCCUUUGUGCUAAACUUUUCAGCUGACCGCUGACAAGCAACAACUAGAGAUUGAACUGGGCAUUGCUCGCAGAUCUGAGGAGCUGACGCAGCUGGAGGAGAGGGAUAGUUAUACAGAGGAGAUUCAGGUACCAAGAUUCGGUCUUGCUUAAAAUUAGGAGUGAAAAGACAGGUUUUUUAAAAUUUUACCCUUAAAGCCAAGAGCUGCCGUUUCCAAGCUUAUUUAAUCUUUCACACUAAAACUUUUGUUUUUCUAAAUUUUGUCAAACCAAUCAAGUAUGAACAUUUUGUUUUAGGUUAGAUUUGAUGAAUAAAUUUAUUAUUUCUAUAAACCAGUUUUUAUAAAUGUAAAAAAAGUGCAACACACCUUUAAACUUGUCUCAUUGCAAGACACUGGUUGAAAACCUCUAACACCUCUGGCUUAGAGAGUUCUUAUUUAUAUCUAGAGCUGAAAGAAUGUUGAGAUAAGUAGGUGUGUUAUGUAGUGAGGUACAUGAGUCAUGGGUCCAGUGAUGAGAUUAUUAUUUAAUAUAAGUAAGUAAAAAUAGUCUUUGAUAUGCUAUUUCAUUGGAGAUGGCAAAUAUUUUGAAAACAAAAGAAAUAUUUCAAGUGAAAAUAUCGAAGUUAGUCAAGUAAAGUAUUUUCUAAAAACCCAUUGGCCAUAUUUUUAUAAACAUUUUUCCAUCACACUCUUGCCACCCUCAAAACUAAAUUACUUCAGGCCUUCAUUCCCAAGGUCACCUGCUGUAUUUUUCUUAACAGAGUCUGACCAAUGAGCUCAAGAGAGAACGAUCUGCAAAGACUGAGCUUGAAUAUAAGCUCCUGGCCACCCAAGCCAGCAAAGCUGCUGAAAUUGAGGCUCUGCAGCAGAAGCUUGCUUUUCAGACAGAGGCUCUGGAGGGUCUUCAGGCCAGAUACACAGCACUAGCAGACGUGGAGAUGACCAAUCAAAUGCUGGAGCUUGAACUGGAGAAAGAGAGAGGCAGAGUCAUGGGUGGGUUCCUGUUGUCACGAGAUGACAUAGUCCAUUUAGCAACCUGCUUAAUGGCAGUUGUGCUGUUUGUGUUUUCCAAGUACGAUGAUAUCACCUGAGCCAAAAAUAUAUAAGUAUGUGUCAGUUAAAUACAAUAAAAAAAGUAAGGAUAUAAGUACAUAUGAAUCUGAUAAAAUUUCAAACAAGAGGCUGGUAUUACUGAGUUGCAUACAAUUAAAAAACGAAAUACCAGUAUUAAUGAGUUUGAUACAAUAAAAUAAAACAGAAGCAAUCCAAGUUUUUUUUCAUCCACUGCUUUUUAAUUUCAAAGUUCUCAUAUUUGUUUAUGAAAAUUUCUUUUUAAAGAUUGUUAAAAUAUUUCUUUGUUUACUUUAAAAAUUUUAGGUGUAUUUCUUCAACCUUGAACAUUCUUGAAAAGUUUAAACUUUGCAUUAAAAAAAAUUGCUGUAUUUUAAAUGACCUUUUAUAAACUAUAUGAUCUACAAGAGGAAUUAUCAUUGUACCUAUUUCAUGUUAUUCCAUACAUAUAUAAAUGGAAAAAAAUUGGAUUAGUAUGUGGUAAAAAUAUUAAAAAACAAAAUAAUGAUUAAAGUGGAAGCUCCGGUAAAGACAAAACAAAGCAAUGGACGUUGUGGCUAAAAGAUUUCAUCAACAGACAAGAAAUAUAAAAUAAUAAAGCUAUAAAUAAAACAUAAAGGAAAAAAGGACACAAGGCCCCAGGCUGAGAACUUUACCUGUGGAAUAGAAAGUAUUCUGUCUAAUAGUAAAGCUUCACCCUACAUCCUUACAUUUGUCAAUGUACAAAGUCAUUCGUGCUUGAAAGAGCUAGUGAGAAUCUUAGUCAGAAUCAGUUGAAUGUUAAAAUUUGCAGACUUAACUUUGCAGGUCUGAACCAGAAGAAUGCAGAACUUAAAGAUCACACUCAUCAGCUGGAGGCAUCGCUGGCUCAGAGAGAGUCUGCCCUGGAGGACCUCAGGAGGUCAGUGGAAGAGUCCGCCAAGGAUUUGGAGAACAGGGACCAUAAGUUCUUGGACAGGAUAUCUGCACUGGAAAAGUCGGUGGAGAAAGAGGUUUCUGUGCAGGGAGAGCUACGGAAGCAGGCAAGAAGUGUUUUUAUAUGUAAUGCAGGAUGCCAUAGUUUUGUCACGCCCUUUUGGCUCAUCUCGGACGUUUGGGUAAAUCCAUUUGGCUUUAUUUAGGCCAGGUCCCAAAGCAUGGUCCUGCUUUAUGUAAGCUAGAUGUGUUUUGAAUAAUAGCUUAACUUUUAAUGAAUUAGUUUACAAGUUAAAAAUUAGCCAAAAAAUGUGAAGUAUCACGAUGCCACAGGGAAUUUGAAAACUAAAUUAGGGGUCUGAAACAUAUUUCUUUACAGCUGCCCUUUUUGAUUGUUCAAAUCUCUUAUAUCCCUUUACUAAUAAUUAUUUAUCAUUCAUGUGCUGUGUCUUCUUAUAUCAAAUCUAUGAAUGAACCUUUGUUGACCUGAUUGAGUGUGACCUGACUGAGUAUUAGUUGAUUGCGUGUUGGCUGAGCGAGUGUGAGCUAGCUGAUCGUUAGCAGAUUGAGUGUGACCUGACUGAGAACGACCUGACUGCGAGUGACCUGAUUGAGUGUGACCUUCUCAGUGUGAGCUGAUUGAAUGUGAGCUGAUUGAUUCAUUUUUGUAAUACAUACAUACGGGUGUAAUGUUUACAUUCUAUAAUACUUUCAUAUGUGUGUAAUGUUUACAUUCUAUGAUACUUUCAUAUGGGUGUAAUGUUUACAUUCUAUAAUACUUUCAUAUGGGUGUAAUGUUUACAUUCUAUAAUACUUUCAUAUGGGUGUAAUGUUUACAUUCUAUAAUACUUUCAUAUGGGUGUAAUGCUUACAUUCAAUGAUACAUACAGAUGGGUGUAAAGAUAAUGGAGAACAAACGGGUCAAAAAACAAAAUGAAAACAUCAAACUUGAGCUGGAGCAGCUGAGGCAAGAUUUAGCCACAAGUCAGCAGACCGCAGAACAAUCCAUCUCUGACGUGGAGGCGGCCAAUCGUUUGGCCCAGAGUCACUUGUCAGAUGCCAGGGAAAACUCCGCCCAAAUUAAGGCUCUGGAGGUGGAGCUGGAGAGAGUGAGGCGUGACUUGAGUGACAAUCUUGCUAGGCAGCCGCUCCUCCUAGAGCAGAUACAGGUCAGACUCUCAUAGAUGAAUAUAAUAAUUUUACCUUUUUGUUUAGUUUUAUUUUGGCUCAGUUUUAAUGUCAUAAAUUUUCUGCUGUUUUUGUACAGCAGAAAUAUAAUUAUUAGGACACAUAUCUACCAAAGUAGUUUUUUUUUCUUCUAAAUUUAUUUAAUAGAAUCCAUUUGUACCUAAUUAAUAAGAAAUUAAUAAAUAUAUGUUUUGGAAUAAAUUAGUACCAAAGUACUGAAGUCAUUUGUGGCUGACUAUGUGAUGUAAAGUAUACCUGGAUGUGUACUUUCAAUUAUGUAUUUAACAAUAUUUUACGUGUCCCUUAACCUUCUGAUGGGCGCGCUCUUUUCGCAACGAGACCGGGCACAGGGUAUCAAUUUGAUAUCGCUAAUGUGUGAUUGGUUAAAUUAGUUUAUUUUAUUGAAAUUUGUAAAAUUAUUUAAUUUUUAAAUAAUUUAACCAACCAACACUAUUAAAAUUCACCCCCAAUAAGUUUAAAAAAAAAAAAUUUCCUCUAUAACCUUGAGAUUCUCAAAAUCAAACAUUUUCCUACAACCUGCCAUGUUAGACAGCAGAAGUAACCAGAAUUAUAUUAGGGUCAUUAUAAAUAUCUUGUUUUGGCGCAAUGUAUCAAUAUGAUUUUUACUGUUUAAUAAUAAGAAAAUGUAUUGGUAUGUAUACUCAUAUGAAAAAAGUAACUUUCCAGAGCAAGAAAAUAAUACAAUAUUCAAUCUUCAAAAAAGUAACGUGCUAAUUCAUUCUGAACGCGUUUUCUACAAACUAAAUGGCCUUGGCCUAUAAAGGAAAGGAAAACAUUAAGCUAUUGAUAAGCAGAGCUUGGUGUCAUCUCUCAUUAACAUGUGCAAAGCAAAAACGGUUGGCUUAUAUUAAUCUGAUCAAGCGGGCCUGACUGAAGGUUAAAAAAUAAUGGCACCAGCUAAAUGAUUAUUUUUAACUUUUAUUUUUUUAAGUCAUACAUCUAAAGUCUAACAUUUUUUGCCUACAAAUUUUCACCAAUUGCAUUGGGGGUGGGACUGGCUUGAUUUUUAUUGAAGAGAUCUUAUGAUGGUUAACAGAGAAAAAUGCUUACCUUUUAAACUGGUAGUAAACAGACUCAGGAAUGAAACUAUAAAUAUUAUUAUAGAAUAAGAUAGCUGAAUCUGUUUUCUCUAUUGCCUACAUCAUUUUAUCAUUGUUUUCUCUAUUGCUACAUUUAAUUUUUUUCUUUAUUGCUACCAUCAUUAUUUUCCUUAUUGCUACCAUCAUUGUUUUCCUUAUUGCUGUCAUCAUUGUUUUCUCUAUUGCUACCAUCAUUGUUUUCCUUAUUGCCGUCAUCAGAGUCUAGAAUGGCAGUGUGCACAGAAAACCAGAGAAGUAGAGGCGGCAAGAGAGCAAAUCAAAAUGGCAGAGGAACGGGCGCAGGGGGAGAUAGAGGUGAUCAAAGCAUCUCUUCAGGUUAGUCUGUUGAAAUAUAUUGUCAUGUUCAUCCGUUGUUAUUGUAUUGUUACAAUAUGAUAUGUGGUCAUAUGAUCAUGUAUGGGGGCUGGAUGGCCCAAUGGUCUAAACUGAGCAUAUCUCAAGUUGAAGGUCUGGAGUUCAAUCUCCACCAAAGCAAAAACAUCCCCAGCACCCUGGGUGGAUUGGACUUGUUAACCAUGGAGAGCAACUCAUCUAAGAGAAGGAAUCUCUGGAGCUGUUGUAAUAUGUAGUCAUGCACUUCUUAUCAGUAAUAUCAAGCCUAAGAAGCAUAAGAAACAAAAGAAAGAAUAACCUUGUGGAAAAAAAAAGAUGUCCUCACCGCAUUAAUGGCUAAAAAUAUGCAUUUAGGAUAGGGUGACCAAAUGUCCCGUAAAAACGGUAUUGUCCCGUUUUUUCAUGAUCGUACCAGGUGUCCCGAAAAAGUCUCUCGGGACACUUAAAUUUCCCGUUUCUAAAACAAAAAACAUUUUCAAAUCACUAAAACCUCCUAAUUUAUAAUUUAUAACUUCAAGUAAUAUUUUGGCUUGCUGUGUAGCCAGGGCCAGUAGUGAUAUGGGCUUGCGUGAUGGCUGCACUGCUCCCUCCACCACUCUGCCGACGCUGAAAAAUUAUUGUUUUCGUUCAUGAUAUUCCUCAGAGAUUUAAUUAAAUUACAAAAGUGAAGGUAAAUUUAAAAAGAUUUCUAGGUUUCAAAAUAGUUAAAUUGAGCAUAUUUCAAUAAACAGUUUCCAGCGGAUGCCUCGAGAACCCUCUUUAGCUGGAGGGUAUCCCCCCCAAACCCUCCUUGGGUGUGUCCCGUUUUUUCCAGUUCAUGAUUUGGUCACCCUAAUUUAGGAUAAACUUUCAAACCAUGAUUUUUUGUUAACCCUCUUCUGAAUGGCUGAAGUAAUUACCUUUGCUUUUUUUACUAUUAAAAUUUUAGUCGACUAAUUUUAAAUAUGACCUGAACAGAUCAACUGCAACCAUUAAGUUCAUAUUUCAUCAAUCCUGGGUGCAAAGAUACAGAAAAUGAAGCUCCCAUGAUGUAAAUGAUGUUUAUUUAAAAUGUAAUAACUCAGCAGUAAAAAGACAUUAUCCACUUUACAUGAAAUAAUCUGGAAAAUAACAAUUAAUUAAUGUAUAUUUUGUUAACAUUAUAAUAUCUGAUUGAUAUUUUGGUCCAGAAAUGUAAAAAUUUAGCCACACCUUCCUAAAUAUUCUGCCCAACCUUCCUUAGUGGACACUCACUCUGCAAUAUCUUUGAUUGGUUUUGAAGUUCAUGAAAUUUGAUUAAGAAAUUUAAAACAAGCAUGAAGGAAAAUAAUUUUGUUAAUUGAAGUUCAUUAUUGUCAUUCUCAAAUGCAGGCCAAACAGUCAGAAAUCAACAACUUGCAAGCUGAACUCACACUACUGAGACAAGAUAAAACUCACCAGAGGUCACAGGUCAAUGAACUUAGGGGUGCCCUGAAAGCAUCAGUGCAACAUCAUAAGGUAUUUAUUGGACUGCUGAACUUGUUCCGGAACAUUUCUUCAUUUGUUUUUAAAGCAUGCAGGCAUGUUCUAUCUGCGAUAAAUUCUUAGGUCACGAUUGUUAACAGAUAAUAAAAUCACUACCUCCCACCAUAGUUAGACAUGACCGUGUAUUUUGUCAGGCCCGUUCUUAGGCUUACGCUGACUACGCAUCCGCGUAGGGCCCCGAACUUGAGGGGGCCCCUGUGAGGCACCCUCGAUCCCCCGUUUUUUUUUCCAACUGGCACUGCAGCCAUCUGUGUCACUCUUGUUACCUUCCUCAUCCUGAAAUUUAUCAUUCUGAGUUGAAUUCGGAGGCAGGGAAAGGGAAGCAGCAGGGGCGGAGCUUUGGGGGUGGCAGACAGGAAAUCGGCAGAAUGGAGGUGCUGCAGUGGUGGGUUGUGUUUUCUCCUCAGCUCAAGGGAUCUCUACCCCCUGACCCCCCCCCCUUCUGGGGCCCCCAAUCUACGCUCCAUGCUUAGGGGCCCCCAAACUCCUAAGAAUGGCUCUGAUAUUGCCAUAAUAAAAUAAAGUUUGAACUGCUGAGAAGGCUGUGCUGGAAAUUGAUGAUUGUGCUACAGCUGAGUUGAGUUCUUUAUUUCAGCUGACCAAACGGAUGAACGAAAAUGACAGGAGUGAUGUUGGGGUCCAGGCGAACAUUGAGCGAAAGAUUGUUAUUCCUCCGCUGCCGUUUGAUUUGGCCACAAUCGAACAACUCAUCCAGGACACAAAAGUAACCCCCCUUGACAGCAAGUAAGUCUUUUUUUGUCAGGUGUGUCAGAAAAUGAACUAACACAUAUGAUUUUGUCUGUAUUAUGGAAAUAAGAUUCUAAAAUUGUGGGCAAAUGGCCCAUGUAAUUAUUUGGUUUGUGUACUUUCUCUGUGUACUUUGUGUUCUUUAUCUGAGUACAUUAUAUGCGCACUUUAUCUAUAUACUUAAUCUGAGUAUUUUAUCUUUGUACUUUAUCUGUGCACUUUAUUUUUGCACCUUAUCUGUGUACUUAAGAGUUACCUUGUGUACUAUUUUUGUAUACUAUAUCUGUGUACUUUAUUUGUAUACUCUAUUUGUGUAAUUUAUCUGCUUACAUUAUAUGUGUGCUCUAUUUGUGUACUAUAAUUGUGUACUCUAUUUGUGUACUCUAAUUGUGUCCUCUAAUUGUGUACCUUCUGUUCCAGACCCUUGGAUCAGCUCUCAUCUUGUCUAUCAUCCCUGAGAGCAGAGAUCACUGGACUACAGAAACAAAUGGACCGUCACACAACAGCUGUACAUACAUCAAGUCAGUCAUGGAAGUGAGUUAUUUGACAUUAUUGAACUUGGAUGAAAGUCAUUAAAACUUUAAGUAUACAUUUUUCUGCGUUAAGAAUACAGUGAAGCCUGUAAAUUUUGCAUGAGACAGGAUUUGGGCUGCUUCCACGGGUUUUUGUUAAAAAAAUUACCCUCGCUGGUUGUGAGUUAGUACAUUUGUCAUAAACAGAGCUAUUUCAAGGUUUGGUUAUUCACAGGUUUCGCUGUCUUAUAUGUAGCAACUUUCUAUUGAGCAUUGACAAAAGUUGAAUUUUCAGAGUUUUUUGGAUAUUAGUUUAUUUCUAGAGCCUUCUUAAUGUUCAGUUACUGCAGCGCCACUUCUGCUCUUGAUUUCAACAUAUUCCUGCACCCCCAUCACAAUUUCAAAACAUAUUUCUCGCACGCCCUCGUGAUAAAAAUUGCUAAUAAAAAUGCAAAUAAACCUGAUUUUCUGGGUCUUCCCUAACCCCCUAACACUGCCUCCCUCACCCUCUAAAACUGCCUCCUGCAUCCCCUAACACUGCCUCCCGCACCCCCUAACACUGCCUCCCGCACCCCCUAACACUGCCGCCCACAAUCCCAGUUAAGAACCUCUUGAGUUGAUGCAUCUGAGCUACAAGAACAGCAUGUGGAAUAAAUGGGUCAUUUAUUUUUUUCAGGAGUGUUCAGAGUGAGGUGAAUGAUCUCAAUGAAGUCAUGAGGACCAUCGCUAACACAAUAAUAGCUGCCAAUAGCACACACACUAUACAGAUGAGCACAGCCGUUGACAGGGAGCAGGCUGACAUUCUGCAUAUAUGAACAGCUUUUUUUAUAUCACAACUCAUCAUGGUUGACUGGAAUAUUACAUGUAUGACAGCUGUCAUCCUUUCUUUAAAGAGAAAAGUCUUAUCUGUGAUAUAUAUAGUAGAUUUAUUUUUUACUAAAUACUAUUUCUCCAGUGGCAUAAUUGAGAAAGAAAGGGAGGCAGUUAACUUCCUUGCAGACACUACGGUGUUUAAUUCAUUUUAUUCAAAUUUAUAAUUGCCAGCGAAGAACUCUGUGAAUUAUAAUCAAUCCCAGGGGUGAAAUAACAAGUUAAAAUGUUGAAAUCAGCCAUUUAAUGUCAACCACAACAUGGUACAGAUGUAUCUUAAGGUUGUAACUGACAUGCAUAUGUUAUAGUUAAAUAGUUUUUGUGGGCCCCCCCCCC